AUGUCAAGCUCAUCUAGUAAAUGGUUUGGUUCUUGGAGUAAAAAUGGGUUGGAGAAGGAGGUGAAACAGCUGGAAAUACAAAUUGCUGAUGAACCCGGUAGUGGCUCGACGCAGCUGCAUUCAGCACAGAAGAAGUUAUCAAAUUCGGUAGAGGUGCAACUGCGACUGGCGGUGACAGCCUUGAAACACAAGACAUCUUCUAUAUCACUUGCGUCCAAGACGUCCAGUAACUGGUUGAACUGGAAAAGAGAACUGGCUCCUCCUCGCCAAAUAGAGGAAGGAAACGAGGAGUUUGGUAGUAUUAAUAACGAUGCUGAUGCUGAUGCUGAUGCAGAUGCAGAUGCCGAUGCAGAGUACGACAAUAACCAAGAUGACAUAAUUGCUGACGAUAAUGGCGACGAAGUUGAUGAUCACGUGACGCAUAACAACAACUGGAAAGGUAUAACUUGGUUUUGGAAUAGCAAUAACAACAAUAACAGUAGUAGCAAUAGCAAUAAUAACACUGCCGCGAGAAACAAUCGUGUGUCUAAUGGCAAGGCUGUGAAUAAUAAUGAUAAUGAAGGUAGCCAGCAGGAUAAUACAAAAAGGGAAGAAAAUGAGAGUAAUAAAAAGGCUACGACUAGCAAAAAAGAUGCAGCAUUGAUGAAUCCGGCAAACACAAUUUUGAACUCAACUCCGUCUUUGCCUUCGAAACUGGAAACUACCAAUGGUGCUGGCGGUGGUAAUGGUGGUGGUGAUGAGGAACAAGCAGAUGAUGCCGUUUUGUACAAGCCUCAUGACAAGACUGCCCAGUUCAACAAAAUUAAUACUCACAAAAAUGAAGAUUUAAAAGAAAACACAAUUGUGCCUGAUUGGAGUACCUGUUUGCCAUUGGCAUCUGAGGGACACUUUUUCCACAGCUCGUCAACUUCGAAUCAAAACAAUGCAAAUCAAACAGUUAAAACAGACUUGAUAAAUUGGAGACAUUUUUUGAAUCAGAUAUCUAACAAGUUUGGCUUUUCAACAGAGCCAGUCUCCGACCUGGAAAGUGGUAGUCAAUUGAGUAAAAGUGAUAAAGCAGAAAGGGAGGUUGGCUUACUCUAUGAAAGAUCGUAUAAGCUUUAUGGAAAAUCUUUGGCUGUAUUACCUAAUGAUAAGAGAGCAUGCUUACCAAACUAUAAUAAGUUUUAUACCAACACUGCUGACGGUGGUGUUAUUACCACUCUGGCUACUGCUGCUGCUGCUGCUGCUGCCGCUGCUGCUUCUUCUUCUUCUCCUUCUCAGUUUGAGGAAGACCAAAAGGACCCAAACUCGAUAUCAAUCACUAAUGAUGCCAUGGGGAAUCUCUUAAUCAACAGCAAGGGGCACAAAAAAAGAGCUUUGCACGAGGCUGUCAAUACAGAAAUUGUCAAUUACAAGUCUGGACCAUUGAAAAAGAUCAAAAAUAUUUUGAUAAUUGGUGUGCACGGUUUUUUUCCUACCAAAAUGAUCCGUCCAAUUAUUGGAGCUCCUAAAGGUACUUCAUUGAAAUUCGCCAAUGAAGCGGAAAAGGCAGUAAUACGUUAUUGUGUAGAAAACAAUCUUAUCAACGAGGAAGAGUCAAGUGUUAGUAUACAAAAAAUCGCACUAGAAAAAGAGGGCAAGAUAUUUGAUAGAGUUCAUUUUUUCACUGAAAUUUUACAAAAAUGGGAAAAGGAAUUGAAUAAUGCUGAUUUUAUAUUUGUCGCAUCACAUUCACAAGGAUGUGUAGUUUCAAUUAUAUUAUUGGCAAGAUUGAUCAGAAUGGGGAUUUUAAGAGAUCCAAUAAAUAAGCGUAUUGGUUUACUCGGAAUGGCGGGUAUCAACAAUGGCCCAUUCUACGGAGCCGAAAAGUCAUUCUUCAUGAAAGCAUAUAGUGCCAUCGAGCACGACUCGUUGAACGAGUUGUUUGAAUUGACGAAAUUCGACAGCUCGCAGUCUGUUGUUUACAAAGAGUCUAUCCAAACCAUUAUCAAUGUAAAUGUCAAGAUUUGCUUUAUUGGGUCCAUCAACGAUCAGUUGGUUCCAUUAUAUUCGGCAUUAGCAUCCCAUAUUUUCCAUCCCAACAUUUACCGGGCUUGUUAUAUUGAUUAUACGUCACUUACUCCCAAGUUUGUUGAAAGAAUGGUUUCAUUAUGCACACAACUAUUGAACCUCGGAUAUUUCGACAACAAUGUGAUUAAAGAAUUGAGCAUGUCUUUGGCUGGACCAUUGACUGCUGGCGGACAUUCCAAAAUUUAUAAUGAUGGGAAAGUGUAUGAUUUAGGUAUAAAGUUUUUCCUCGAUACGGACGAUUUGGUGAUACCUCACGAUGGGAAAACUGAUUACGACGAUUUUGAAAAUAGCGAGUUACCCGUUUCCAACCAAGUUUAUAUAAAAGAAUUCAAUAUAGGUAAAAUAGGCACAAACCCCUUUAUAUUGCCAUGGUGCCUAAGAGGUUUUCUUUUUAACCUUGAGAAGAAUUGGCCACAACGGAGUUACUCGCACGAUUUACAUAGUGGUGGUGGUGGUGGUGGUGGUGGUGGUGGUGAAAGUACAAGUGGUUUUGCUCAGAUCCAUGAGUUAUAUGAACUUUUUGAGAAUUGGAAACCAGAGACAAAAAUAUAUAAGGAAUUAAAAUUCAGAUUGAGUGGAAUUAGGGCAAGUAAGUUAUGA